UUUGCUCAUAUCUGUAAUAGAAGUUUUUCGGCUUAACUACGUACUUGUUUAAGCAAGCUAUUUAUUUCUAGACAAAUCGCGAAACAAUUUCAAAUAUUUAAUAAGCAGCGUUACUUUAAUGCAAUUGUUAACGAAUCUAAAAAAGAUUUAACAAAUAGAAGAAUUAAAUUGAGAGUUAAGAUCCAUUUUAUAACGCAGCAAACGUUAUAGAAAACAGGAAGUGAUUGAAGUGAAACCAAAAGAAAAAAUAACCAGAAAAAGCCACACCGACAAAGCCUUGAAAAAUGUUUAAUGAUUUCAUAAAUAAUUAACAACAAAUUUUAAUUGACUAACUGAUUUGAUAUACCAUUUGGCGUGGAUUUGUAAAGUAUCCACAAACGGAUCAUCAAAUAUUUCAAAAUGUCCUGGAUGACUUUCGGUGUUAUCGCUGGCAGUUUCGCUCUACAACGCUUACUGGGCGCUGAUUAUCCGCCCAAUAAAGUUUUAGAAAUAAAAAGUGAAUCUCUGGGAAUUUUACAAAUAGUAGCCCGCGAUGAAGCCAUGGUCCUGUAUGCACCACCCUUUAAUUCCAACGAUAAGAAAACCUAUGAAAUAGUUCUGCAAAGGCCACACACCGACUCCAAUACAACUUCAUUCAGUUUAUUUCGCUCACCAUCUCAAAAAGAGGCUGAAGACAAAUUCAAUGCUUUCUUACAUCGAUUACCUCUGUUUGUGUCCAUAGUAAAAGAGUUUUACAAUGUCAAUGGCCUGCAAAAAUUAUGUGACAUUUUGUCCGAUAAUCCAUCGUGGUCCAUUACCCAUUUGGUGGCAUAUUUUAAUUUAGUAGACUAUAUUAGUCAUCCGAAAGUGCUACAAUUCAUUGAUUAUGCUGAUCAUACCAAUUACAUGUCGCCAUUUCAAUUAGCAGUUAAAACUGGCAAUAUAGAAAUGGUGAAAGCUCUAUUGCCUCUUUGUAAAAUGGAGCAUUUGGACAACAACAGCAACUCAGUGUUUCAUUAUGCCGCUAGUACAACAAAAGAAAUCUUAAAUAUUCUUAUAGAAAAGAGCACCGUGAAUCUUAACCACAUUAAUUCCGAUGGAUACACACCAUUGCAUUUGGCUUGUCUUUCUGACAAGCCGGAGUGUGUCAAAGCACUACUGCUUGCCGGCGCUGAUGUCAAUAUCGAAGCCAAAAAUAUCAGUAAAUUAUAUAAAACCUCAACACCGACGUCGGUUGCAGAGUUUCUCAAGCAAAACGCAAACAAACUAUAUACCCAAGACAUGAAAUUCGGAGGUAGCCCGUUGCACUGGUGUUCAUCGAGAGAGACUUUGCAUGCAUUAAUAAUGCAAGGAUGUAAUGUUAAUGCCACAAAUUUCGAUGGUCGAACAGCAUUGCAUGUUAUGGUCGCUCGCAAUCGUUUCGAAUGUGUUGUUACCCUCUUGGCUCACGAUGCUGAUAUUGAUGUCGUUGAUAAAGAUGGCAAGACACCACUUCAUAUUGCCAUUGAACAAAAAUUAGUGAAUAUAGUACAGUGUUUAGUUGUAUUUGGCUGUGAUAUAAACAAGAAGAAUCAAGAUGGGGUAACACCACGACAUAUGGUAGGUAGCGAUGCAAGCGGAAGUAAAACGGACGAAAUCCUAUAUAUUCUACAUUCUGUGGGAGCCAAAAGAUGCACCGAUCCAAAAAGUAAAUGUCCCCCCGGCUGUCAUCCAAGUGGAACAUAUAAUGGCAUACCACCAGAAGCCCCCGAAUCUGUAGAGAAACGCGAACACAUUGAAAAUAUGUUAGCUUCCACCAGUCGACAGUCUGCUGUUGGAAUGUUGGCUAAUGCUGCGAAUGGUUUCCUCAAUGACAUGAAAGAACCUCCAGUUGUAGUUAAUACGGAAAAGGUUGAAAAAGGUCAAAGUAUUAUGGAUGCUCUACUGGCAAUGUUCAAAGUAAAUGCCGAUUCAAAAAAAGGUUCUCCCACUGGCAGCAUGGACAAUGUAAAUUCAAUCGAGGGCGAAGAAGCUACCUCCAUUAAAGGUUCACCUGAAGCUACUUCUUCAAAUCUUUCUUUACAUUCGGCUAUUUCCCACCAGAAAGGUGAAAAACCUUAUGGUCGUGGACGGCUGCUAUGCUUGGAUGGUGGUGGCAUACGUGGUUUGGUCCUUGUACAAAUUCUUUUAGAAAUUGAGAAAAUAUCCCAAACACCUAUUGUCCAUUUGUUCGAUUGGAUUGCUGGAACUAGCACAGGAGGCAUAUUGGCAUUGGGUCUUGGUUGUGGUAAAACCAUGCGCCAAUGUAUGGGCUUGUAUUUGCGCAUGAAAGAACAAUGUUUUGUUGGAUCCCGGCCUUAUCCUAGUGAAAAUUUUGAAUCAAUUUUGAAAGAUAAUCUAGGCGAAUUUACUGUUAUGACUGAUAUUAAACAUCCCAAAGUAAUGGUCACCGGGGUGAUGGCCGAUCGGAAACCAGUAGAUCUUCACUUAUUCCGCAGUUAUCAGUCUGCCAGCGAUAUUUUAGGCAUUGUUACGCCCAUAACAAAUCGUCGCAUUCCGCCACCUGAUCCUAAAGACCAACUUGUAUGGAGAGCAGCACGUGCCACUGGUGCCGCUCCAUCAUACUUUAGAGCUUUUGGAAGAUUUUUAGAUGGCGGUCUCAUAGCUAACAACCCCACCUUAGAUGCCAUGACUGAAAUACAUGAAUAUAAUAUGGCUUUACGUAGUGUUGGUCGAGAAAAUGAAGCUGUACCGGUUUCGGUUGUCGUUUCCAUAGGUACAGGAUUAAUACCUGUAACUGAGUUGAAAGAUAUUGAUGUUUUUCGUCCAGAAAGUAUUUGGGAUACAGCGAAAUUGGCAUAUGGAAUAUCAACAAUCGGUAAUUUGCUUGUUGAUCAAGCAACAGCAUCAGACGGAAGAGUCGUUGACCGUGCGCGGGCUUGGUGUAGUACGAUUGGUGUUCCCUAUUACAGAUUUAAUCCCCAACUUUCCGAAGAUAUUGCCAUGGACGAGAAAAAUGAUCAGAAAUUAAUAAAUAUGCUGUGGUGCGCCAAAGCCUAUGUACAUGCAAAUCGAAACAAAAUAAUUGAAAUGAUCAAUACUUUGAAAUAGCAUAUACGACGAAUUUAGACUGCACAUCAUAUAUCAGGCAACGCUUUAUAAGCUGUUUCGAUAUUACAGCGUAUAUUUAUUAUUAUAAUUAUUAUCUAGAAUAACAUUAACGGUAAUUAUAUUAAAUCACACAUAAACGAAGCGUAUUUGAGGGCGGAUAGCGGUCUAAAUUCGUAUUAUUUAUAAAUGAUAUUUUAUCUCAAAUCAAGGAAUUCCAAAGUUUAUUUAUGAAUUUUUCUCAUUUUGAUCAUUUUGAGUUUAAAAUGCUGCGUUAUUUUUUAUUUGCAAAUUUUAUAAAAUUCGAAAUGACCCAUUAGUGUUUUGAUGAGUUAUUUACAAGAGUGAUAAUUUAAUUCAUAACUCCAACUACUUUUUUUAUUGUUCCCCUUUAAUACACUUAAUUUUUGUGUUUUCAUAUGGUUAUUCAAUUGCUCUGUUUCAGAACCAGCAAGAAUCUACUAGGUUUGCAAUUGCGUUCCAUAUCAUAAAGGAAAAAAAUAGAUUAUCAUAGUAACAUGUCUAGACUCUUGCAGGUUCUGCAACAGAGCACGUAAACAUUAGAAGGACGCAAAAUGAAUCAUUAAUCGGUCGAUUCAAGAAACAUUCUGUACAUUAUAUAUAUGUACUUGCUAAGUUAUUUUUUCGAACUUGAGCCAACGAAUUAUGGCUUCAUUAUAUAUUGCUACCAAGGUUAUGUUACGUUGUCGGUUGCUUCCACCAACGUUGUGGCCACCAAAUCGGGUUGUCGAUAGCUAGCUUGUUAUCUGAGUGUCUUUUUUAUUAUUGGGCAACUAAAAAAUAAACAAAGAGUUAUAAAUUUUAAAUUUUCGGUAUUUCUAGCAAGAUCUUGAAUGUUCACAUAAAUGCUCUGUUCCAGUAUCUGCAAUUAUCGUCUACUUUUACCAUUUUCUUCGAUAUCAUAAAGGAAAAAUCGUUUAUCGUAGUAAAAACUUUUAUAUUCUAGCAUUUCUGGAACAGACCAAAAAUAUAGAUACAAUUAGGAAUUAUUAUAAAUAUUAAAAAAAUGAAUUUCAAUCAUAAAUAUUUUCCUUAAAAUUAUGAGCAGCAACAACUUCCAUUUCACCAAUCAAUGUUAGCCACAUCGGUGAUCACUCAACGAUAGUUGCUUUUAUAUUUCAAGCCAUUUCGUUGAAUGUUGUGUUUCUUAAGAAUCAUUUCACCAAAGAAGCUAUUUCCAAAAAAGGAAUGUGAAAUAACGUUUCGCAAAAAUAUAAUAUAUUUUUUCAAUUAUGUGAUUUCGAACAUUAUAAUUGAUAUGUCAGAACGUCCGAUGUGCUCACAAUAUUUUGGGCUGUAGAUGGUAUCAUUAAACAAACAAAUUAUCUCCGAUAGUAUAUUAGCAAAUAUUCCAUUUGUUCGCACCCUAAAUGUAUUAACCUAUAUUCGCGUUGCUUUAUUGGUUUGUAACCUUUUAGUUCAUGUAUGGAUUUCAUUGAAUAAAAUUAAUAUGUUAAUUCUAUGGUACAGAUAAAAA